UGUGCUUAAGUAGACUGACUAGAAUCUUGGAUAUUACCAUGCUUGAAGACUUGCAACAACUAGGAUAUACGGGAGAUGUCGCAAGAAAUCUGGAGAUCGAAAGUAAUUCGAAACCUGCAGCACAGAAAAGUUUUUUCUACAAAUCAUCGGCAAAGAUAAACAAGAUCAUCAGCAGAAUAGAUGUGGAUAACAAAGGCUUGUUUAGAGUUCUGGUAACAAGAAAAGACAAGAAGAACUAAAAGAGUCAUGCUUGACAAAGAAGAUCCUGUUGAUUUUGGAAAUGGAAGAUUUACUCCCCAUGAUGUGGCAUCUGUUCUUAAAAUCUUCCUCAGAGAUCUUCUGGAACCUGUUCUAACAAAUGCUCCUCUGGAUGCUUAUCUACAAGUCACAGAAAUCCGUAAUGAUGAAUCCAAUGCUAAGAUGAUUGAAGCAUUCCAGCUUCUCUUCUUGUUGGUGCCACCCCCAAACAGAAUGUUGUUACAGCAGUUGUUGAAACUCCUCAAUCCUCACAAUAAAAUGACAGCCCACAACCUUGCUGUUGUCUUUUCACCCAACAUUAUGGGCUUUAAGGAGAUCACCACAGGCAAGUAAUGAGCACACACCCAUUGUGUUUAUUUCCUCUGGACGCAGGCUGUCAGACUGAAACCAAUUAUAUGUGUUCAUGGAGACAGAGCCAUCCUCAUUGCGGACCUUAUUCAUUAUCAUCAUGACAGACUGAAACCAAUUAUAUGUGUUCAUGGAGACAGAGCUGCCAGCCUCGUUGCGGACCUUAUUCAUUAUCAUCAUGACAGAUUGAAACCAAUUAUAUGAGUUCAUGGAGACAGAGCCAGCCUCAUUGCGGACCUUAUUCAUUAUCAUCAUGACAGACUGAAACCAAUUAUAUGUGUUCAUGGAGACAGAGCUGCCAGCCUCGUUGCGGACCUUAUUCAUUAUCAUCAUGACAGAUUGAAACCAAUUAUAUGAGUUCAUGGAGACAGGGCCAGCCUCAUUGACCAGUGCUUUAAGAAUUGAGACCCUUAAGAAAUUUAAAUAUUGUAAAAAGAAAUCCCAAGAAAAAGAGAGUAGUCAAAAAUGUAUUGUUUAUUGUACCUGUAAUGAUAGAGCUAUGUCACUGAAACUCAAGAAGAAAUUAAAUCAGGUCAGUGAUUUUCCAUCCCUUCUAGUAAUUCCCUUAACUUACAUGGAUUAAUGGAGUCUGUAGUAAAUGAUGGGAAAAUUUGAUGUAUUGCUUACCUAAAACAACAACUCUACAAAGUCGUGUACAUAUAAUUAUAUAGAUAUAUCUUAAUUGCCCCUUCUGAGAGUCGGCUCAAAGGUUUCUCAGUCUUUUAGUAUGUUUAUUAUAAUUAUUAUAGCUGGACAUGCAAAUUAAUACUUAGCAGAAUGCAAUUUAAGUUCAAAUUAUAGCUUUUUUACAAAAGAUAACUCAGUUAUGAGUUUCC